AUGGCUUGGCGUGCCGCUGCGGCGGCCCAGCUCCUGCUCGGGCAGCUCAGCCUCCUCCCGCUGCCGCUCUCGGGUGCGGGUGCCCCCCAGACGGAUCAGGGCUUCGAGCUGCGGCAGCCCCAGGACAAGGUGUCGGUGAUGGCGGGGGAGACGCUCACCCUGAACUGCACCACAUCCCAAGGCAGUCCCGCUGGUGCCGUGAAGUGGCUGAAGGGCUGGGGCAGUGGGAACGAGACUGUUUACAACCAGACGGGCUCCUUCUCCCGCGUGACGAGGGCAGUGGAGGGGUCCGACACAGACUUCACCAUCCGCAUCAGGGAUGUUCGCCCCGAGGAUGCCGGCACCUACUACUGCGUGAAGUUCCGCAAAUCGCUGGGCGGUGUCGAUGAGGUGUUUCAGCGGGGAAAGGGCACGGAGGUGUCCCUGCACGAGACAGCCCUGGUUCCCGGCAUGGUGGCUGCAGCUGUAGUGCUCUGCUUCCUCCUCCUCCUCCUCGGCCUCUUGGUUGCCCUUUUCAUGUACAGGAGGAAGCGCAGAGCCGAAGCGGAGAGCCAGUGCCUGGCCAGGCCGGCGGCCGUGGGCAGCUUCUCACUCAUCCCUCUACGGUGCUGUGCAGGGACCCCCAGCACCCCCAGCAGCGAAAUCCUGGAUGCGGAGACCUCACAUCUGCCCAGCCAGCAAAGCAGCAAGGAGGACAACAGCAUCCACUACGCCGAUCUCCAGCCCCUGCCCGCGGCCCCGCAGCACAGCAGGAGCCCCGGCACCGCCUGCUCCGAGUAUGCCAGCAUCAGGGUCGCUGCCAAGUGA